AUGGCUUCUGGGAUCAGAGCAACUGAGAAGAAUCAUGAAAAAGAACAUUCUACUUUGGUCCCUGAAGCAAGCAGAAAUAUAACCAAAACUUCUCAGUGUUUACCAAAUAAACGAUACGCCAACCAGUCUUCAAACCUACCCAAGAUGUAUCAGAAUUUCCUGGAAUAUAAACACUGCCAGACCUUCCAAGCUUUGCUGAAACCAAAGGGAUGCUCCCAAGAAUUGUUUUUAUUAUUAGUUAUUAAGUCUAAGGCACCCAACAUAGACAGGCGGGUCUCAAUUCGACAUACAUGGGGAAAAGCAGGGGUUAUUAAUGGAGUUGAAGUCAAAUUAGUUUUUUUGUUGGGCAUUACAGAAAAAUUCCAAGGUCAGCCACUCCAUCAGUUAGUGGCAACUGAAUACAAACUCUAUGGUGACCUCCUUCAAUGGGACUUCCAGGACAGUUUCUUCAAUUUGACAUUGAAGGAGAUUCAUUUCCUCAGAUGGUUUGCUGCAGAUUGUUACUCAGCAAAAUUUGUCUUGAAGGGAGAUGAUGACGUCUUUGUGAACACAUUAAAUGCAAUUGAAUAUCUCAAGGAUUUUCAUCCAGAUCAUGAUCUCUUUGCUGGGCACAUUAUUCACAAUGCAAUCCCCAAAAGAAAUAAGAAAAUUAAGUACUUCAUUCCUAACAUCAUGUAUGAAAAUAAAUCAUAUCCUCCCUAUGCUGGAGGAGGUGGUUAUGUAAUGUCCAGGAAAACUGUAUUACAGCUGCAUCGGACUGCAGCAAAAGUGGAUCUCUUCCCAAUAGAUGAUGUGUUUGUUGGCAUGUGUUUGUUGCAAUUGGGGUUAACGCCAAUUUCACACAUUGGCUUCAAGACACUUGGUGUACCUAAACCAUUCAAUUUUGAUCCAUGCUUAUAUAACAAUCUCAUAGUAGUGCACAAACUAAACCCAGCACAAAUUUGGAUUAUGUGGAGCCUUGUGAAUGACCCUCGCUUCAAAUGUGCUAAAAAAAAAAUGAAAACAGUAGACACAGAAAACUGA